AUGGUGAAGAAUAUUCAAGGGGACGACAGUCUACUAGGAGGCUUCAUCUCAGUUCUGGCAUUCGCCUUCAACCACGGCGAGGCCACCCGAGUGCAGUGGACACCGCCUCUUCGUGAAUCCUUCGCCUUUCCAAUGAUCAUCGCCCAGAUCACAGUCGUCACCUACAUCUUGAAGAAUAACUGUUCGGGGGCGUCCUAUGCGUUAUUGAUGACGAUGCUCGGUGGGUGCGCGAUGCUGUUCUGGCAGUUCUCGCAGUUCGCCUUCUUCACCCAGAUCUGUUCUCUGUUCGUCGUCUUCACCUUCGACUUCAUCCCUCGGAGGACAAUGUGCACUCUGCUGGCUGGUCAUCUGGCCGCAUUCGUGGUGUCGUUUGCACUGCUGUUUGGUAAUGAGAUGUUGCUGACUUCGCUAUACAUUGCAAGCAUUUUGUCCGCCUUUUACUGUCACUGUUUGCCUUUUCUGUAUGUUGUGUUUAUACUAAACAUUUUUGUGGAGAUAGCGUAUUUACAGGCCCAUAUAUUUGACAUUCUACGAUCAAAGCUCACUAACUAUUCUACAUUUCAUACGCGACUCUAUACAUGUUCGGCAGAGUUCGAUUUUAUUCCAUUGGAGACACUUCAAAAGCUUUACGACACAUGGUUAAUUCCAUCCGCGAUGCUUGGUGUUCUUCUAUUCGCUAUUUCGCUUCUUUUCACGGAACGACAAAAAAUGCUGCAUAGGAGUGGAGAACGUGGAAAGCAACAUGCCGAGCUGCUGAGUUCAAUCAGGAUCCACCUCGAUAAACGCAUCCAUGCCGUCGUUGUAUUCGUCGUGAUAGCCGCAAUGGCUUACGAAGGUAAAUCCAACAUCGAGAAGCAACUCCUCAUUAAAGGCGAGUACAGUAACCCUGAGCAAGAGAUGUUGUUUGAUUGGAUAAUGAAAGAAACAAAACCUGAUACCGUAUUCGCUGGGACAAUGCCUGUGAUGGCCAAUGUGAAGUUGACUACGCUUCGACCAAUCGUCAACCAUCCUCAUUAUGAAGAUACAGGAAUCAGAGAUCGUACGAAGAAGGUGUAUUCGAUGUUCAGCAGAAAGCCACUGAAUGAAGUGCACGAGGUGCUUAAGAAAAUGGGCGCCAACUAUUUCAUCUUCCAGUCGAUUGACGACAUUUAUAGACCGUACUGUGCAUAUAGAGGGAUGUGGGAUGAAGAAGACAAGGAGAAUUUGGAGCGCGUCUCCAACUGUGAUCUGCUGCAUGACGCCGUCACACGCAAUGACGCCCGUCGCAUUCAACCCUUCAGCAUCGCCUACUCCAGAAAUAAUAACUACGUUGUCGUGAAGAUAUAA